UGUUUGACAUAAAUAAUCAAUCAGUUCGUCUAUAUAAACAAGUGUACUUAUAUAUUUUUUAUAUAAAAACGUAGCUAUUGUAUAAGUUAGAUUGUAGAUUUUGAUUGAGAAAUGGGAGAGCCGAUGCCAAGGAACGUGCGGUCGGUGAAGAGCCGACUUGACACGAUCAACCAGACGGAGGAGUCCGCGCUCAAGAGGAUGUCGACGAUGAACAAGGUGCAGUCGCACUUCCUGGUACCCUCGGAGAAGCUGGACAAGGUGACGCGGCGGGUGAUCGCGCCCUACGCGCAGAUCGAGCGCAAGGGGGUCAAGGAGGAAGAGGCGCGCGACUCCUACCUCGACAUCUCCCGCUUCCAAGUCUUCCUCGAGGACUCCGUCGACCUGCAGGCGCUGCUCUGCGACACCGCCGCCGUCCUCAAGACCAUCACCGACAGCUCUGGUCAUCAUCACAUCACACACAACAACUUUAUACCUACACACCAUUCCCACAAAAAUAAUGGCUCUUACAAUUUGUCCAACUUUGCAGGCGUAUUUGUGUACAUCGUGGACAAGCUCAAGAAUGAGAUCGUUCUAAUGACGAAGAACAUAAAGAAUCCGGAGCGACACGAGGUCAACAUACCCAUCGAGGAGGGGAAGGUCGCGGCGGCGCACGUGGCGGCCACCAAGCGCCAUCUUGUGCUGGCCGAUGUGCAGCGCGACCGCCGCUUCGCACAAGGUCUGCGCUGGGUGGACGCCAAGACGGCAAUGUGUGUGCCCGUGCUCAAGCCCGACGGCGACUGCUACGCAGUGCUCGAGCUCUACAGGACCCUCGCCGAACCCUACGAUGACCGCGCGGUGUACAGCUGCGCUAGUGUGGCGUGGUGGGCAGGCGCGGCGGCGCACCAGGCGGGCGCGCGCGCAACGCUGCAGCGCGCCGCACACCUCGACCUCGAGCUGCGCGCGCUGCUGCACGACUACUUCUGCGAGCGCGCCGCCCUCGACACCAUGCUCACCGACAUGCUCGCGAUCGUGAAGUCGUUCAUCGGCGCGAUGCGCAGCAGCUUUUUGAUCGUGGACCGGCAGCACAUGGAGCAGCAGCUGGUGGCCGACGUGUGGGAGGACGGCUGGCAGUCGGAGCGCACCGCACUGCCCAAGAAGAAGGCCAAGGUCAAUUUAAGCGUGGAGCAGAGCCCAGCAGGCCUGGUGGCGCGCACCGGGGCUCCCCUCAACCUGCACGACGCCUUUCGUGACCCGCGCUUCUUGCGCGAUAUCGACCCCGCCACGGGCAUGGUAGUGCGCUCCUCGCUCACAUACCCCAUCAAGGACAAGAAAGGCGUUAUAGGCGUGGUGCAGCUUGCCAACAAGGGUUCGGGGCGACCAUUCGACGCGGAGGACGAGCAGAUCUUCCAGGUGUUCGUGGACCACUGCGCGCUCAUCGUCCACUUCUACCACAUGCAGCAGAGCAAGCUCUAUCACGAGAACCUGAACCGCGUGUAUUCGGAGCUGCUGGGGCUGCACCUGCGACCUUGCGGACACGACCUCGAGGAGCUGGAGACCAACAGCGCCAUCGUGCCGCCCUUUAACUUUAAAUCCUUCAACUACCACAUAAGCGAGGGCAGCCGCGAGGAGAUGCCGGCGCUGGUCUGCCUCAUGUACUCCGAGACGUUCGCCGCGCACAAACUGGAGCGCCGGAGGUUGGCGGACUUCGUGCUCACCGUCCUGGCCUGCUACCGGCCCAAUCCCUACCACAACGCCGAGCACGCCUUCUGCUUCACCCACACCAUGUACCUCAUCCUGCGCGAGAACCCCGGAUACUUUAGCUUCGUCGAGACGGCGGCGCUGAUGCUAGCGGGCCUGUGCCACGAUCUGGACCACCCCGGCUACAAUAACAACUUCCUCAAGCUUUGCAAGCACCCGCUCGCCCACAUGUACACCAGCUCGCAGCUCGAGCACCAUCACUAUUUCCUCGCCACAAAGAUUAUUGAGGACAAGAAGCUGCUGGGCAAACUGGAGGCGACCGAGCGCGAGGCGGUGCUGGAGGAGAUGCGCUACGACAUCCUCUGCACCGACCUGGCCGUGUACUUCGCCCUGCGCGCGCAGCUCGCGCCGCUCGUGGCCGACCGCGCCUUCAGCUGGGCCGACACCGCGCACCGCCGGCUGCUCAAGGGUAUUCUGAUGACGACGAGCGACCUGUCCGGCUGCUGCAAGCCGUUCGGCGUGGCCAAGGCGAUCACCGAGUCCAUUUACGAGGAGUUUUACAAUCAGGGCGACCGCGAGCGCGCCAUGGGGUACACGCCGCUCAGCAUGAUGGACCGCAAGCGGCGCGUCAACCAGCCCGCCGAGCAGAUCCAGUUCCUCUCGGUGGUGGUGCUGCCCUGCCUCAUGCUGCUCACCAACAUCUUCCCCAACACCAGCCCGCUCAUGGAUAACUGCAGGGAGACGCAGGAGGGCUGGCACGAGGAGAUAGAGAUGCGCGGCAUGCGGCUGUGGCGGCAGGAGGACUCCACGCCGCCCAGCAGGAGCCGCGUCUUGCUCAAGGAGGACAACAACUAGCCCACCUCUUACUCCGCUCCGCUCCGAGCGAUAGUCUAUUAUCUUGAAGUAAAAUGAUCGAUCAAUAAAUCAAUACAUUCACCAGGAAUAAUGUGUUCAAAACUAAUUAAUAAAAUAUCAUUUCAUAUUUCUAAUAAAUAAUAUAUUAUAUUUA